GGACCACCAGGAGUGGGUGGGUAGGUGGGCUUCACUCCAGGAUGACCGCCAAGGCGGUCGACAAAAUCCCCGUCACCCUCAGCGGGCUGGUGCACCUGCCCGAAGGCCUUUACCCCACGGAAGACGGAGCCGGCGCCCUCCCACCGUCGGUCAUCAGCUUCCCCAGCGUGGACCUGGGCGGACCCUUUGACCAGCUGAGCGAUGGCCUGAUCGGCGCGGACAUGAGCGACAAACGAGCGCUGGACUUGCAAUACGCCUGCAGCGGUUUCGCGCCGCCGCCUCCGCGCAGCCAAUCCUUCACUUACAUGGGCAAGUUCUCCAUCGAUCCUCAGUAUCCCGGCGCGAGCUGCUAUGCGGCCGACGGCAUCCUCAACUUGGUCAGCGCCGGCAUCCUGCAGGGAGUGGCCGCUCCUUCGACUGCAUCUUCGGCCGCGCCGGUUCCAUCAUCCACCGCCUCCGGAGGAUCCCCCGCGGGGCACGGAUGCGCCAUGGCGCUGGCCGCCGGGGAUCUGGAGCAUCUCUACUCUCCGCAGCCGCCGCCGCCUCCUUACUCCGCCUGCGGGGAGCUUUAUCAAGGCCAGGCGCAGCAGCCGGCGCCGUCCGACGGCUCCUCGCCCUUCCUGCCCGCCUCGACGGGCCCCUACCCGCCGCCCCCUUCCUACCACCCCUCCCCCAAGAGCGUAGGAUCGGUGGGAGCCGACCCCGCCGGCCUCUUCUCCAUGAUCCCGGAGUACGCGGGCUUCUUCCAGCCGCCGCCACCGCCACCGCCACCGCCCCCUCCGUGCAGCCAGCGCGACUUCCACGGCCCGCCGGAGCGCAAACCCUUUCCCUGCGCCCUGGAGUCGGUGCGCGUCCCGCCGCCUCUCACGCCGCUCUCCACCAUCCGCAACUUCACGCUGGGCGCGGCCCCGAGCGGCCUGAGCGAAGGGCCCUCCACGGGGACGGCGGUCAGUGCGCGCCUGGCGCCGGGCGCCUACGGGGGGCCGGGCAGCCUACCGCUGCGCCCGAUCCUAAGGCCGCGCAAGUACCCCAACAGGCCCAGCAAGACGCCGGUGCACGAGAGGCCCUACCCGUGCCCGGCCGAAGGCUGCGACCGGCGCUUCUCGCGCUCCGACGAACUGACCCGGCACAUCCGCAUCCACACGGGCCACAAGCCCUUCCAGUGCCGCAUCUGCAUGCGCAACUUCAGCCGCAGCGACCACCUCACCACCCACAUUCGCACCCACACCGGCGAGAAGCCCUUCGCCUGCGACUUCUGCGGCAGGAAGUUCGCCCGCAGCGACGAGCGCAAGCGCCACACCAAGAUCCACCUGCGGCAAAAAGAGCGCAAGGUGGCCAGUGCCUCCGCAGCCGUCGGGGCCCCCCAGUCUACGCCCGGCCCCGGCUCAGCCGGUUUGCCUUCGUGCGGCGCUCGGACGCGGACGCCCUGA